UUUGUAUCGAAACCUUUUUCAACAUUUAAAAAGUAAAAAAGAAAAAGAACAUAUUUGUACUAGUCCGGUAUCUGCUUCUGGCGGUCUAAUCAAUGUUAAUCUAAUUACUGUCUAAUCAUUAGCUUAUCAGCCAGUGAAUAAAGCAGAUACCGGAAUUUGAAGCAUACAUGUGGGGUUUUGCAUCAAAACCGAUUGCUGGUACUUCUGGUCUAAACAAUGACUCUGAAACAACUAAUCAAGUUUCUUCAGAAAGCUCUGAUGAUGAUAUGACCUUAAAUGACUGCAGAAGAGAAGAAGGUUUGGAGUGCCCAAUUUGCUUUGAAUCUUUCAAUAUUGUUGAAAAUGUGCCCUAUGUAUUAUGGUGUGGUCACACACUCUGUAAAAACUGUGUUCUUGGCCUACCUUGGGCUGUUUACAAACUUCCAAAUCUUCCAAUCCAACUUCCUUUUUUCAUUUCCUGCCCAUGGUGCAAUCUGUUAUCGUGUCGUCUAGUUUAUAAAGGAGAACUUAAGUUUCCCCACAAGAAUUAUUUUCUUCUUUGGAUGGUUGAAAAUUUAAACGGUGAUAGAUUCAAAUCGUGUUCCUCUUCUUGUGACCAUCUAGCCAUUGAUGAAGUUAGCCAAUGUGUGGGUCAAAGUCAAAGUACUAAUGGUUCUUGUGCUCCACAUUUCAAUGCAGAAAGACUACAAUCAUCUCUAUGUAAGUCGUUAUUUUUUUUAGUGAAUUUGAUGACUAAGUUCCCCUUGGUCUUUCUGUUUCUUUUUAUUGUUGUAUAUGCUAUACCAGCUAGUAUCGCAAUCUUGGUUGUGUACAUCCUCAUCACAAUUCUGUUUGCUAUCCCGUCUUUUCUUAUUCUAUAUUUUUCAUACCCUGGUCUUGAUUGGAUUGUAAAUCAAAUUGUCACAUAGUGUUGCAAUUGCAUUACAGUUGCAUACAAGGAUGAUGUUGUAAACUUUAGUGAAUCUUUUGUAAAUAUAGAAUAUAAU